UUUAAGAAGCUGCAGCUACCGCCGAGGUCGAGUGCAUCUUCAAAGUUGGCAGAAAUUGAAGACGGGAACUUUUCUCUCUGCUUGUCUUGUCGCGGAAUGGCAGCGGGACUAUCCCAAGAGAAGGUGACAACUUUCACCAAAAACUUCAAGGCUGUCCCACAUUACAGCUUUGCCCAGAACGUGGCAACUAGUGGUGACCUUCUGCAGGCUUACCUCCAUAGGCAAGUUAUUCAAGAAACUUCGCAAGUAUUCAAGCAUGUCAUCCCUGCAGAAGGAAAGCCAGUUACCAACCAAAAAAGUACAGGGCGGUGCUGGAUCUUUUCCUGCCUCAACGUGAUGCGCCUUCCAUUUAUGAAGAAAUUUAAUAUUGAAGAAUUUGAGUUCAGCCAAGCAUAUUUAUUCUAUUGGGAUAAGCUUGAGCGUUGUUACUAUCACUUGAAUGCAUUCAUUGAGGUUGCUCAGAGAAACUGGCAAGGAAAAGAACCCUUUGAUGGUAGACUGUCACAGUUUCUGCUAGCAAAUCCUUCAAACGAUGGAGGCCAGUGGGAUAUGGCUCGUCAUAACCUCAUUGAAAAAUAUGGAGUUAUGCCUAAGAAGUGCUUCCCUGAAUCUCAUAGCUCAGAAGCCAGCAGAGCCAUGAAUGAUGUUCUGAAUCACAAGUUGCGAGAGUGCUGUUGGCGUCUGAGAAAGCUGGUGGAGAAUGGGUCGUCUGAGGAGGAACUCUCGGCUGAGGUGGAUAAUAUGAUUGAGCAGAUCUUCAGAAUCAUCAACAUUUGUCUGGGCUCGCCCCCUGAAACUUUUACAUGGGAAUUCAGAGACAAAGAAAAAAACUACCAUAAGAUUGGGCCAAUCACGCCUCUUCAGUUUUACAAAGAGCAUGUGAAGCCACUUUUCAACGUGAAAGACAAGGUGUGCUUGGUUAACGAUCCUAGAUCCUUCAAUCCCUAUGGAAAGUUGUACACAGUAGAAUUCCUGAAUAACAUGACAAAUGCAAGGAAGACUUUAUACAUCAACCAGCCGAUUGAGAUUUUAAAGCAGAUGGCCGCUGCUUCCAUCAAAGAUGGAGAGGCAGUCUGGUUUGGAUGUGAUGUAGGCAAACAAUUUUGUAGCAAGCUAGGAAUCAAUGAUCUCAAUAUUCUGAACCGAGAGCUACUGUUUGGAGUUAGUCUGAGGAAUUUGGGCAAAGCAGAAAGGCUGAUGUAUGGCGAAUCACUGAUGACACAUGCUAUGGUUCUAACUGGUUUCUCUGAAAAGGGUGAAAAUGAAGUAGAGUUUGAAAAAUGGAGAGUGGAAAAUUCAUGGGGAGAAGAAAGUGGGAACAAGGGUUACCUUGUUUUAUCAGAUGAGUGGUUCACUGAAUACGUCUAUGAAGUGGUCGUGGAUAAGAAGCAUGUGCCAGCAGAGAUUCUUAAAGUACUGGAGCAGGAACCUAAAGUUCUUCCAGCUUGGGAUCCAAUGGGUGCUCUGGCAUGAAGAGCUGAGAUUGAUUUCAAUUUACACACAUGAUUUGCAUUCAAAAUAGGAGGCACUUAAAAGUUGCAAAUCAAAAUAUAUUAAUUCUUAUACUUAGCUGGAACUUUUCUUUUUCCAGUGGUGAACUAUCAUUGUAGUGUAAUGAAAAUUGUGGACUUUAAGGGAUACGUGUUCUUAUUUUUAUGUUCUUUAGUUUAACUUUUAGCAUUUAUGAAAAGAUCUAGCUAUAUCGUGACCUUGACAAAGACUGGUUAAUAUCUUCAACAAGAAUGCAUAGAAUGUGUUAUUUGCUCAUGUGUAUGUUACAUUUCUUAAAUGAUCAUAUUCCAAGUAAUUUCUCAUCAAAGAAGAUAGGUGCUGUGAGUAAAUUUCACUAAAAGCACAAGUAUUAAUCCAAGUUAUAUUUCUUCUGGCCUAAACAUUCAGAGAAAGGAGGGUAAUCACAAUCUGAAAUAGCUAUUCAUAUUCCUCAACAAUUAUCAAAAUGAAAGCAUUGAUCAUAUUAGCAUCUACAGAACUAGCAAAGAUUCCUAAACAGAAGCUUUUACCCUUUUCUAAACCACUGUACAUUCAAAUAUUUCCACCUCUUAAUCAAAAUUUGAAAUACUAUUUUGUACUGAAUAUCAUCUAUUCAUUUUGCUUGUCAUUUCCAAUUUUUAAAUCUUCCAAAUCAAUUCUCAGCUCUGAGGGUGGACAGAAUUUAAUUUUCGUGGUUUCUGCUCAUUAUGGGGGGAAGUUAUCCAAGAUAUGAACUGAUCAUCUAGCUAAUACACCUGUAAAUUUCUUAUCCGUUUCACUGACAUCCUAAGGAUGCAAAAGAGGUCUAGAACUUACAAUGCAAGAUAUGCCACGUGCUUUCACAGUUUAGGUUAUUUGCUGGCCUAUGAAUUGAGCAACAUUAUCCUAUAUUUACUUUUAACCAGAUUCAAAGGGAAGUCAGUUUUGAGAAUCUGAAAACAAGAUGGCAAAUCAAACACUCAGAUUGCUACACUAACAAGCCCACACGCUUGUGUAAAUGUUGGUGCAGGCGCUGUGCCCUAUUAUCUGCUCUCAUGUAUAGAAAAGGAACAAAUUAACAAUUAAGUUGCUGUUGAGGGACUAGAAUAAAGAUGAAUGCCAAGUACUGUGACGUUUUAUCUGUUUUUACUCUGGUAUUUUGUUGCCACCUGUCAAAAUAGCAGUGGAUUCUCUCAGAUGUUUAUGAACUAUCCACGAGAUUUACAUUGCUUAGAACAUUAAGUGUUCUAGUAAGACUGUCCAAUGCUAUCUGCUGAGAGAAGGCAAGAAGCUGGAUGUAAGUUUUAGAUCACUGAAAAGAGAGCUAAAAGCAGAUCCAACAAGUUUACAAAGUUUAAUCUAUUGUUACUGGCAAAGCAAACAAAGUGGCAGACUCAGGAUAAGAGCUGGGAGGGACUCCACAUAUUACAUCAACAUACCGGAGAAGAACAAAGCUUCUGCCUUAUUCUGGUAGUCAUUGCGGCAAUAGGAUUGCUUCAGUGAUUUGGUCAAUUGUGCUCCCAAGAAUGUUGAUAGAGGUGCAGGGCACACCAUGGCUGCAGAAUGUACCUACAGGAAUCACUGCAGCAUGUCAGUUUAUUCUUUGUGAACUCUACCACAGAGAGCAGCAACGUAAUGAGGCACUAUAAUCUUCAAGUUAUGCACUGUCAUGAUGGCAAUAUUGAUGUUGUUCCUUCAUUAUCAUCUGGAAAAGCAGCCAGCCAUUCCCUACCAAGCACUAGUUUCCUAUAACAUGGAUGGGCAGCAAAUGGAUAUCCUGAGAAGAAAUAUUUAGAGAAAAGGGUAAGGAUUUGCUGGGCCAUGAAGUAUCAAAUUACUUUAAUUAAAAUGAUCAAAUCAUCUCAAAUGCCUGUUGCCUCUUGCUCCACACUUCAUUUGUAUUCACCUUCUGUCUCUUAAAUGUCUUGUCACAAAGUUUAAUUGUGUAUACAAUUGGUGCAACUGCUAAGGUUCUCCAUUUUAAACAAAACAUGAUGAUGAUAAUAUGAAAUUUCUUGCUCACUAGUAGCCUUUUUCAAACAUUAUACUAACAUAUUUGGGAAUUUGUUAUAAUGUAGUCACAAGUUGCUCAAAAUAUUAUCUUAAGAUGGUUGUUUUUAUUGAGGAAUUGGCUUACUUGCCAAGCUGCUUUCUGUUUGAUGAAAUAAAUGUACUUAAGAUUCCUUUAAAAUGCUUAAACACAGUGGCACAGAUAGUGGAGCUGCUGCCUCAUAGCUCCAGCGACCCAGGUUCAAUCCUGACUCCCAGUACAUUCAGUGUGGAUUUCUUUUGGGUGCUCUGGUUUCCUCCCACUUCCCAAAGUUGUGUGGUUUGGUAGGUUAAUGGGAUAGUAUUAAUUGCUCUUUUUGUGUAGGUGAGUAGAAGAAUCUGGAACGAAUUGAUGGGAAUGUGGGGAGAAUAAAAUGGGGAUUAAUAUAAAUGGGUGGUUGACUGUUAGAGCAGACUUAGAUGAAGGACCCUUUUCAGUGCUCUUUGACUCUUGACUAUUGAGUAAGAGUUUAUAGAGUCAAUUAUUCUGAUUUGAUACUCAGAAUGCUCUUUUAUGCCUAGUUUCAAGUCUACUCUUUCAAGAAGAUCCCAUUGUACUAUAUUGAGUAGAUUUUCCAGUUGUACCCUAACCAAUGUUUCUUCCCCAACCAACAUCACCACUGGUCAUCAUUGCAUUCUGCUUGUGGGAUCUUUGAAAAUGGCUGCUGUGUUACAACAGAGUCCACAGUUUAAAAAUGAUGUCUUUAGUUAUAAAGCACUUUUAAGUGUCCUGAGUCUGUGAAAGGCAAUACAUUAAUUUUUAAGUUAUUGGAGGUUACCUCCUACCCCAGCUUGGAAUACAAAACAGCACCACUCCCUCUAUCGCCAUGAAUACAAAGUCAUUCUUUUAGAACCUCUCAGGAGUUAAGCAUUGUGCACAAUGUUUGGGAGAAAUUUAAUUGAACUUCAAACUCUGUUUUAUUUAUACUUUAAAAAGAAACAAGCAGCAAUUUCGCCACUCUUUUGAAAUGGCCAAACAUGUUUUAAACAGAAAAACAGUCCUUGCACCUGUUAUUGAUAAGCAUGAUUUACAGGCCUGUAAAGGAUUGUUAAAAUAAAGGAGACUCCCUUUUAUCAAAGAACAUUAUCAAAGUAUCU